AGUAAGAAACCAACCAACUGGCCUUUUGCUGUCGGCUACUUUGGAAGAGGAUAGAGAGAGAAAUGGAGAUGAUAACCACCGUGAAGUCUGAGCCAACCCCGGUGAGGCAGCAGUUGGAUGGCACGGAAGGUAAUGCCCCCAUGGCAAGAUCUGGUAAGAGGCGGCGAAGAGAGCCCUCUGCGGUGGGGAUUGGCUGCGUCGAUCGAGCGCAGCAACUGCAGCCACAGCCAUUGCCAGUUGAUCAGUCGACUACUACCACUACUGUGAAGAGGAGUUCGAGGUUUCGAGGAGUCAGCAGGCAUAGAUGGACUGGACGAUAUGAAGCUCAUCUGUGGGAUAAAGGGACCUGGAAUGCGACACAGAGGAAGAAGGGAAAGCAAGUUUAUCUAGGGGCUUAUGACGAAGAAGAAUCGGCAGCAAGAGCAUAUGAUUUGGCUGCAAUCAAGUACUGGGGUCCUUCAACCUUCACAAAUUUCCCGGUAUGUGAUUACGAGAAAGAGAUAGAGAUGAUGCAGAAUAUGACUAAGGAGGAAUACUUGGCCUCCUUGAGAAGGAGAAGCAGUGGUUUCGCAAGAGGUGUAUCCAAGUACAGAGGAGUUGCCAGGCACCAUCACAAUGGCCGAUGGGAAGCUCGAAUAGGGAGGGUGUUUGGAAACAAGUAUCUCUACCUUGGCACUUACAGUACCCAGGAAGAGGCUGCGCGAGCUUACGACAUUGCAGCGAUCGAAUACAGAGGGAUCAAUGCAGUAACCAACUUCGACUUAAGCACAUACAUAAGAUGGCUGAGGCCAGCAGCCGCGGCUCAUCAUCAUCCAAGUCGACUGUCAAGUAUGGAGGCUCACCAUGCAAAUACGCCUCCCAGCUCCAUUUCCAAUGAGGAAGUACAGGAAUUCUCUUUCCGAGCAAGUCCAUUAAGUAUCAGGGACUUGGGGAAGGCUGCUCUGGAGCAAGAAGAAUUUCUACAGACGAAGCUGCCGAUAAGCCCAUGCAACAAUUCGCCUUCCCCAACUGCACUCGGCCUCCUCCUCCGCUCCUCCAUGUUCAGGGAACUGGUGAAGAAGAACUCGAAUGCCACCACCGAAGAGGAAACCGGCCUGAAGAACGACAGGAAAAACCAGCCACAGGUGGGCUGCAGUGGUGAUGAGUAUGGAGGGAUGUUUUACAGCAAUAUUAAUGUGGGUGCGGGUGUGGGUGCGGUUCCAUUUGCUGCGAGCUCUUCUUCCAAAAGUGGCAAGUGGCCCAGAUUGGAGGCUCAGGAGAUGGGAUCUUAUAAUAGAUAG